AUGGCUCCAUCACUGCCCAAGACAUAUAAAGCUGUCGUAAUUGACGGGAAAGGUGCUGCACUUACCCUCAGGGACAUCGAGCUGAAGCAACCGGGUCAGGGGCAGGUUCUCGUCAAGGUCAUUGCCUGUGGUGUCUGCCACAGCGAUUCAUUCCUCCAGCAAGGGUUCCUGCCGAACACAUGGCCACGCAUCCCCGGCCACGAAUUGGUCGGAGAUGUGGUAGCUGUCGGCAAUGGAGUGACUCGAUUCAAAGGGGGCGAAAGAGUUGGUGGUCCAUGGCAUGGAGGUCAUGACAAGACAUGCCGAUCUUGCCAGCGUGGAUUGUAUCAAUGUUGUGACAAUGAAGCUAUCAACGGCGUGACUCAAGACGGCGGGUACGCUGAAUAUGUUCUACUGCGCGAGGAGGCAGUGGUCCGCGUACCCGAAUCUGCCGACCCGGCCGAGGUUGCCCCAUUGUUGUGCGCUGGCGUAACAGUCUUCAAUGGUAUGCGCAAGUUGCAGAUCGAGCAGGGAAAUCUCGUCGCGGUGCAGGGAGUUGGUGGUCUAGGCCAUCUAGCGGUGCAAUUCGCAAAUAAGAUGGGUUACAAGGUUGCUGUCCUGUCCAGCGGUGACAGCAAGCGAGACUUCGCCAAGGAGCUGGGUGCGCACGUCUACAUUGACACCAGCAAGGAGGAUCCCGCCAAGGCGUUGAUGGAUCUUGGAGGCGCACAGAUGAUCUGCAGCACCGCGCCGAAUCCUAAGGCAAUGAGCCCUCUGGUUGGCGGUCUCGCACCAGGUGGCAAACUCCUGGUCCUGGCUCCUAUGGGUCCCGUGCCCUUCGAUACAGCUGUCAUGGUCAACAAGGGAGCGAGCGUUCACGGUUGGCCCAGCGGCCACGCUCUUGACUCUGAGGAGGCUAUUGCAUUUGCAGAUAUCCAUGGUGUCAAGUGUUUCGUUGAGAAGUUCCCCCUCAAAGACUUUCAAAAGGCUUUUGAUAGCAUGACUAGUGGAAGCGUUAGGUUUAGAGCUGUUUUGACUAUGUAA